AUGUCCACAUCUCCCUCCACCUUCGGCACCCUGAAUGGCAACGGCGUAACUACGAACGGCGCAACCUCACAUAGCGCGACCUACCCCAGCAUCAAUGGGUCCCCCGCGUCGUCGUCGGCCUAUCCUUUGAACGGAGACUCCAGACCUGUCUAUCAGAACCAGUUCGAGGGAAUCGUCAACCACAUCUAUCAGUCUGGAUUCCAGACAGGUAAUUACGCUGAUACACACCUUCAUGUAUAUCACAGUGUAUAUCGCCUGCAUGCUAUCAUCUUGUCACGAUCACCGUACCUUGUCCAUUUGAUGUCGACAUCGCCCCAGACUGGGGGGGUGCGGACCAUAUACGUGCAGGUUGAGCAAGAACCUGAAAUAACUCAAGAGGGUUUUGCCAUUGCACUUGGGUAUCUCUACUCGCCAAUCUCUCUGAAUAACAUCCGGCCUGAUAAUGCGCGUGCUGUCCUUGCCGCAGGCUGCCUGCUUGGCGGCAUGGAGGAAUUAUGUCAGUACGCGUAUGAGACCUGCCGACAGUCGCUCUCCGUCGAGAAUAUUGUGCACUGGAUAGAGUUUAUCGGCAGCCUCCCACCGCCGUCGGAUGGCUCAACAACUCCGGAGCCCCUGCCGACCACUAUCUUCGGCGCAUAUGCGGAUAGGCUACGCGAAGACGUCUUCCACUUCUUGGUAGUCACCCUUCCUGAGGUCCUUGAUGCGCGCGGCACGUCCACGUCCCCACCCCAAUCUCAAACCCAACAGCCCCAAGGCCCAAGCGGUCGUGAAGUGCUCCUGCAGAUUUUCUCGCGCGUGCCGUUUGAGAUAUUCAAGGCUGCAGUCGAGUCGCCCACGUUCCAGAUAGGUUCCGACCGUGCUCGGUACGAAUUUGCCAAAGAGGCUGUGGAAUUGAGAAAACAUGGCGUUGCACGAGGCCAGGGAGCUGAGGAAACGGUGGUCCUUGCGUUCGGAGGGGGGAAUACGAAUGGGAGUGCCGUACAUGUGGCCAGGAAGAUGCGCAAACGGCCGCUCUGGAAGGUGAACGCUUGA